AUGGGUUCAUUAUAUAUGUUCACUAUUAUUGUUUUAUCAUUAUCGACAAGAGUUGAUGCCUUUAAACAUCCAUCGGAUCGACAAAUUCAAAUUGAUCAAUGUCUAAGCCCAGAUGUUGACAUUUGUGAUUUUAUUAAAUGUGAAAAUGGCGGAAGCUGUAUGAAAGAUUUAACAACCGCUGAUUGCUUUAAAUGUACAUGUGUACCUGGCUUUACAGGAACAAUAUGCGAUACAACUAUCACCAUAUUACCAAAUGAAUGUGAUCCAGGAUGUCAAAACGGUGGUACAUGUAUUGAUAAUCGAUGUGAAUGCAAUGCAAGUUUUACAGGAACCUAUUGUGAAUCUCGAAACUAUUGUUCACCUACUAAUCCAUGUCAAAAUGGCGGCCGAUGUACUUCGAGUAGUAGUACUUUUGUGUGCGAUUGUACAGGCACAGGUUACACCGGUUCAACCUGUGCUGACAUAGUAUCCACAAACCAUUGUGCAUCGAAUCCAUGCCAAAAUGGUGGUAGUUGUUAUGCAAAUAGUAAUUCUUUCACAUGUGUUUGUCGUCCGGGCUGGAUGGGUACGACAUGCACACAGACGACCACAACAACUGCCCCAAGUGUCUCACCAUGUUUGUCAAGCCCAUGUAAAAAUGGUGGUGAUUGUUAUAGAAAUGGUAAUACCUUUGUGUGCGUAUGCCGUGCUGGUUGGACAGGUACGACAUGCACACAGACGACCACAACAACUGCCCCAAGUGUCUCACCAUGCUUGCCAAACCCAUGUAAAAACGACGGUAACUGCUAUACAAAUAAUAAUUCUUUCGUAUGUGUAUGCCGUGGUGGCUGGGCAGGUGCAACAUGUACAGAAGCCACCACAACAGCUGCGCCAAGUGUCUCAUCGUGUUCUUCAGGUCCAUGCAAAAAUGGUGGAAGAUGUUUCAAUAGUGGAGAUUCUUACUUUUGCUAUUGUGGACCAACCAAUGCUUACAGUGGUAAAAACUGUGAAAUAGUUUCAUCGGGGAUGCCAUCGGAAUGUCAAUUGAGUUGUGGAGUUGGUUAUUGUAUAUUAACGGGUUCUUCGCUACGCCCGAACGCCUGCAUGUGCGGCAGUACCGUGCAGCCGACAAUUUGCACGUGA